ACGCCCUCAGUUAACUACUACUUUACGUUGCAUUGCACAAGCUGAGUGUACUUCCAGGUAUUAGUUGAACAGAUUGUAAGCCUAUCCUUAAUUUAGCAUGAUGCACAUUCCCUAGUUUUGCAUUGCACCGGGGAUGACACUUUAAUUAUUUUUUUCAAGGCCAACUUGUUGUCCCCCGAAGUUUGUAUUAUUCAUUUUAUGUUUUCAUUGCCCCGGCUGAGUGCCUUCCAAAUUUGGAUUACACCGAGAAUGUACCUCUAGAUUUAAAUUACACAAGAAUUGUACCCCGAGUUUACAUAAAAACAUCUCUCAGAUUUUUAAUUGCACAAGUGUAGAAAGGGCUAUGUAUUCCCUGACUUUAGUAGGGGGUCCAUAGGGGAAAACCCCUCCCCCCAUGUUGCCCUGCUUCCAGCUGCUUCGCAUGGGGGUUGGGAGGGGUGGAGACCUCUACACUUUUCACCCCCCAACUGGGGCUGGCUGCACCUACCACUUGGGCCUCAGAGCUGAUUUGUGUGAUGUGGCUCUUCGGCCUCAGUGUGAGCCUAUCCUCAUCUCCCCCGUCCAUGCCAAGCUGCAUGCUGAAGGCCACGGUGACGACUGGAGAGUCAGCCUGGAAGACUGCAGUAGCUAUGGUACCUUGGUCAACAAUAUCAGGCUCCCCAGGGGUCACCAGCUGGAACUGAGUGACGGUGACCUCCUAACCUUUGGCCCCAAGGGGCCGGUGGGGGCCAGCCCUCCUGAAUUCUACUUCAUGUUCCAGCGUGUCCGAGUACGCCCCCAGGACUUUGCUGCUAUCACUAUCCCUAGAGUUGGGGGGGAAUCAGGAGGCGGAGGUGGCUUUUGGCCUAUGCUGCCCCCUCUUGGGGCCCCUCAGCGUCCCCUCAGCACCCUCUCCCCUGCUCCCAAGGCUACUCUGAUUCUCAGCUCUAUUGGCAGCCUCAGCAAACUCCAACCUCAGCCCCUCACCUUCUCCAGGGUCGGAGGUGGAGGUCAGGGCCUGACCCUUCCUGUGGCCCUUAGGGAGGCAGGGGCAGCUCUUCCUACCCCACCUCCAGCCCCUCGGAACCGCCGGAAGUCAGCACACAAGGUGCUGGCUGAGCUGGAAGAUGAGGGGGAAGCUGAAGAGAGCCCUCCCAGAUUUCAGGCCGAGAGCAGGAAGAAGCCUCGAGGAAUGAAGACUCCAGUCACUCCCAGUGGAAAGCGCCGAGGCCGUCCCCGGAAGUACCUGCCGCCUCGGACUGUAGCUCCCCCUCCGGCUGGGGGAGGGGAGCCCUGUGCAGCCCCCAGCUGCACCCCACCCCAGGAAGAGACAGUGGCCUGGGUCCAGUGCGAUGGUUGUGAUGCGUGGUUCCACGUGGCCUGUGCGGGAUGCAGUUACCGGGCUGCCCGAGAGGCUGACUACCGCUGCUCUAGUUGCCAGCCCUAAGGAAGAAAGGCUUCUUAGCAAGGCCCCCAGAGUAACACCAAGAAAAGGGCCUUUUCGCUGUGGCUGAUGUCUCCAG